AUGAGGCCUAAUGUUGUACUAAAAAUAAAAGAGGAGGUUCAAAAGAAGUUCGAUGCUGGUUUCCUACAAGUGGUCAAGUACUCAGAAUGGGUGGCCAACAUCGUACCCGUCCCCAAGAAAGAUGGAAAGGUACGAAUGUGUGUAGACUACAAAGAUUUGAAUAAGGCCAGCCAGAAAGAUAAUUUUCCCUUGCCUCACAUCGACACAUUGGUGGACAACAUGGCAGGAUACACAUUAUUUUCUUUCAUGGACGGUUUCUCAGGAUAUAACCAAAGUAAGAUGCAUCCUGAAGAUAUGACGAAGACCACAUUCAUAACCCUAUGGGGAACUUUCUGUUACAGAGUGAUGCCAUUCGGGUUGAAAAAUGCGAGAGCCACAUACCAGAGAGCCAUGGUAACUCUUUUCCACAAUAUGAUGCGUAAAGAAAUGGAAGUUUAUGUCGACAACAUGAUUGCAAAAUCCCAGAUAGGGAAGGAACAUGUGCAAGUCCUGAGAAAGUUGUUCCUAAGGUUAAGAAAGUUCCAACUCAAACUCAACCCAACCAUAUUUGAGAAAUGCGAUCCCAUAUUCCGUCUUCUGAAGAAACAUAACCCAGGUGUAUGGGACGAAGAAUGUCAGAAAGCUUUUGACAGAGUAAAGCAGUAUCUGUCCAGUACCCCAGUAUUGUCACCACCUAAUCCGAAUAAACCACUGAUCCUGUACUUAACGGUGUUUGACAAUUCCAUGGGAUGUGUGUUAGGUCAACAAGAUGAGACGGGGAGGAAGGAGAAGGCGAUAUACUACCUCUGUAAGAAAUUCACUGACUGUGAAUCGUCUAUUGAAAAAUUGAGGAUGUCUAGAUGGCAGAUUUUACUCUCCAAGUUUGAUAUAAUCUAUGUAAAUCAGAAGGUCGUUAAACGGAGUGCGAUAGCAGACUUUUUGGCUAGCAGAGCUUUAGAAGACUAUGAACCUCUGGAUUUUGAUUUCCCAAAUGAAGACUUGAUGUGCAUGGCAACUGCUGCAGAGGAUUCUCAAAGAAGUCAUCGUUGGAAGCUAAAUUUUGAUGGAGCUUCAAAUGUCGUAGGAAAUAGGAUUAAGACAGUCCUGAUGUCCCCAAACGGAGAUCAAUAUCCUUUUACCAGUAAAUUGGAUUUUGAUUGCACAAAUAAUAUGGUAGAAUAUGAAGCGUGCAUCAUGGGCAUCCGUUCAGCUAUAGAAUGUAAAAUUAAGGUAUUAGAGCUAUAUGGGGACUCUGCAUUGGUAAUAUACCAACUUAAAGGUGAAUGGGAGACGAGAGACCCCAAAUUAAUUAGUUAUCAAAAUUUGGUGCUCAAAUUGAUUGAAGAGUUUGAUGGCAUUACUUUCUGCUAUCUCCCACAAGAUGAGAACCAGAUGGCUGAUGUGUUGGCUACUCUAGCUUCCAUGAUCAAAGUGAACAAGUUAAAAGACAUGAAGUCUAUCAAAAUGAGCAUUUACGAGGUCCCGACUUAUUGCUACAAUAUUGAGGAAGAGGAAAAUGAUAGCCAUCCUUAG